CUCCACCACCGCACUCCGACCAUCUCGAAUAUAAAUACCACUCGAUCCGCCCCAGCACAACUCCUCCACCCACCAGUUCGAUUGAACAGGAACCAAACAGAUCAGAUCAAUAUGUCUCGUAUGUCCUUCUUCAACCAACCCGAGCCGGUCUCGUCCUUGGCCCACUACCGCCUCCUCUCACCCACCGCCGCUGUGCGUGUCUCCCCCCUCUGCCUCGGCACCAUGAACUUUGGUACAAAGUGGGCCGAGUGGAUGGGCGAGUGCUCCAAGGAUACCUCCUUCGAGAUCCUCGACCACUACUACGACCAAGGUGGAAACUUCAUCGACACCGCUUCUCCCUACCAAGGUAACGAGAGUGAAGAAUGGAUCGGAGAGUGGAUGCAGAAGAGGAAAAACAGAGACCAGAUUGUGCUCGCGACGAAAUACACGACGCUGUACCCCCCGCUUACGGAGCCCGUCGGUCACGACAUCAAGAUCAACCGUGCGGGUAACUCGAGGAAGAGUGCGCAUGUUGCGGUGAGGGAUUGUUUGAUCAAGCUCAAGACGGAUUACAUUGAUUUGUUGUACGUGCAUUGGUGGGAUUACACCACCUCUGUGCCCGAGUUGAUGCAGACCCUUAACCACCUCGUUAUGUCCGGGAAGGUGUUGUACCUCGGCGCUUCGGACAUGCCCGCCUGGGUCGUCUCGAAGUGUAACCAGUACGCUCGUGACCACGGCAUGGCUCAAUUCGUCGUCUACCAAGGAAAGUGGAACUUGGCGGAGCGCGAUAUGGAGAGCGAGGUCAUCCCGAUGUGUAAGGAUGAGGGUAUGGGUGUCGCGCCCUGGGCUACGUUGGGCCAGGGUAAGUUCAAGACUGCAAAGCAGUUGGAGGAGGAGAAGAAUGAGUCUCGCCGUAACAUGGAUCAGGCUAAGGAAAGCGACCACCGUGCCUCUGAAGCUCUUGAGAAAGUUGCGAAGGAGCUCGGUGAGGGUGUUUCCAUCCAGCAGGUUGCGUUGGCGUACCACCUUUACCACACUGCCCAUGUCUUCCCCAUUAUCGGUGGACGCAAGGUUUCUCACCUUAAGGACAACAUCGCCGCUUUGGACAUCCACCUUACAGAUGCUCAUGAGGUUCCGAUUUUGAAGAACUCGGGAGUUUUGGAGGAGGCGGGUGUUGGAGGUGGAAGGGGAGCCGGGGGCGUCCAGGAGUGGAAGGCCCCGGCCUAGAGAAUUGGCUACUAAUGAGGCUUGUGUUUGACUACGUAUACCUACGAUCUUUUUCAGUGAUAGAAAACCAUCGCAAACUUUUCUCCCACGCAUCCGUCGGGUC